GCAGGCCUCACUCUACAACACGGUGCUCUACAAUGACAAUAACAACGACGGAGAUCGAUUGCGGCAGUGUCUGAUGAUGUAACAGUGUGGGUCUUUUCCUCGUGAAGGCUUCUGAAGCCGUUCCCUCAUCGGCUGAUGACACCUAGCAGCUACACAUAACGGCAAAUCGCCUUUGACGGGCAUGCCGACGCUUCGGGAUAAAGUCGCAGACUUCCUCCGUCAGCUGUCGUCGGGGGCAGAACGGAGUAGUGAUCCAAAGCCCGAAUGCACAUCGCCGACGGCCAGCACAUUCAUUCAGCGCUACCUGAACGGGGAAGACUUACCACAUCAGCAACCCGAGAUAGUGCAUGGAAAGUCGUGUCACGAACUGCCGUCAAAGCAGCUGGCCGUUCUCUCGCCUCGGCUAGUGGCGGCUUUCACAGGACCUACAGGCGGCCUCACCCAAGUGAACAAGUCCCAGAAGGCGUUUACCUGCACGGAGCUAGACGUCGACUUCAUCGACGAGGACGAUGGGCUGAGAGACGGAACAAACGCUCCUGAAACUCCGGCCAGACGUGGCUCGGACGCUCACAAGGAGGCGCUAGACUCGGGUCGGCAGACAGACAAGGACGAGAUUGCGGGCAUCACGAAUUGGAACUGUCCCGCAGAGUUUGCAUACGGCAUUGCGACCACACUUUACGAGAGGCAUCCUGUCACAAAGGAAAACGCUGGGGAGCCAAUAGCAGACUCAUUUGCACUGUGUGUGCGUGAGAACAGCGCCAUCUUGGCACUGGCAGACGGCGUCAACUGGGGCGAGAAGGCGUGCCUGGCAGCUCGAUGUGCGGUGCACGGCUGCGUCGAUUACCUCAACAGGGCCAUCUACGGCCAGGGAACGUCGGUGAAGUCGACCGCUGAGGUGUUUGUGUGCUUGCUGCGUUCCUUUCAAGCAGCCCACAACCUUAUCUUACAAGAGCAAGGAAUGCUCACAACACUGUGUGCUGCUGUGGCAUGCCAGUUAUAUGGUUCACAGCAGUACGUCGUGUGCACGUGCAAUGUGGGGGACAGCCUGGCUUACCUGUUCAGCAAGCGUGAUGGCGUUCGAGAGAUUACAUUAGGAUCUCACGACAUUCACUCCAUGCGCGACAUGCGCGACGCCCUGGGAGCCCUUGGUCCAGUGGACGGACAGAACCCGGAGUUGGGAAAUCUCACCAUAGCCAUGACGCUGGCCGAUCCCGGCGACGUGCUGUUUCUCACGUCGGACGGCAUCUCGGACAACUUUGAUCCGGUCGUGGGAAAGUUUGCAGUCGCAAAGAAGGAGCCGGCGACGACCACCGCGUCGGCGUCUACGGGGAUGGACGGUCUGACCCUGCCCAUUGUGGAAGCCCAUCAACGGCAUGCGCUGACACUCCUCCGCAUGCAGGACCUUCUUGAGCAGGGCCUGUACCCGGGCGACGGCGUCUGCCGCAACGCCGAAGACCUCUGCGAACGUAUGGUGGAGUUUGCCACCAGGUUGACCGUCGCCAAGCGUCGUCUGCUCGAAGACCCGGAGCUGUACAAGGGUGAAGGGGCUCCCAUCAGCCAGCGGACACGUAGGCAACGCCUCGCCCCCAAACUGGCCCUAGUGCCAGGAAAAUUGGACCACGCCUCCAUUGUGGCGUACCAGAUCGGGGGUCCCGAGGACGCGCGGAACCGCAACAUCAACCCGACCGCCACGUCCACGCCGCAGAAAACUUACCCGCCGCCUGACAAUUUCAACCUGGAGUCUACCGUGUGAGCACCUUGUACUGUGUCACGUGUGGUCGGUCCUGCAGCUACGGAACAAUGUUGCGGCAAUUGCGGUGCAAUUCCACUUCUUGGCUAUCUUCCAUUCUUAACGUGUCUGUGCCAGCGACAUUUUUUUUACGUGAAAUCUCGAGGACAGUUAGCCCAAGCAGCACAACACCUUGGCCCAAUACUGGACCGAUAUUGUCAAUGUCGGCCCAAUAUUGGGCCAAGAUGUUGUGCUGCUUAGGUAGUGUAACGUGCACCAUCGUGUACGCCGUGGCCUGCCAUGUAAGGGCUGCAUUGGUUGUGCUACCUGUAACUAAAAAAAAAAAAAAAGAAGAUUAGCUCGCAGGAUAAUUUCCGAGACUACCUUCACCAAAGACUGCACUGCGACCUUUUUAAACAUGAAUUUUCUCGCGUACGAUUCCAUUCACGAUGAUCCCGGUGUUUUCGAGCGUACAAUGGAACUCGGUCGAUCGACAAUCUUGCAUUUGUCGUAUCAAUAAUAUUCCUUUUUUUUCUGCGCAGUGUUUGGCAUUAUGAUGACUGGCAUGUUUGUGAUGCACGGCCCCUUUUUAAGCCAGAACUAUAAUGACUACACAGAGAGGCUCGUAGUAUGGGGUCUCCUAAUACAUAUUUAAGGCAGUGAAGGCUUAUAGUCUCCUAUAGGCAGGAAUUUUUGUAGAAAAUUACAUCUUGAGGUUAACAUUAACAUUCCAGCCUCAGUAUUAUAGUGCACUCCGUGAGAAUGCAGAUAAUCAAAUCGGCAAACAAAUAUAAGGAAUACACAACGGAAACGGCAGAUAAGCACGUGAUAUUGCAGGUACGUCCAUAUCAGAAGUAAUCUAUAAUGAUUUUAUGGGGACAUUAUUUGAUAGUAUUUGGUGGCCCAAGUAUGGUGGCCAAAUUGCAUACAUACAGUAUAGCAGCUUAGAAAUGGCAGGUAUGUGUGGUAUGCAUGUUAUCAAGCAGACCUUGAUAAGAUUUGUAUGCACCAGUUUGCAGUGAUACCGUUAUGUUUCCAUUCUGAUGCUUUGUGCUAGCAUUCUUUUUCACAAUUGUUUUGAAAUCAAAGUAUACGUAAGAAACGCUCAUUUACAGGAGAGCUUUUUCUGCUGUGGUAUGUUUGCAGCGUGCCUGGGCAUAUACUCCGAGAUGUUGCCAAAUGCUUGUGUACAUUUCUCUCUCUCUCUCUUUUUUUAUUAUUAUCGGAUACUGUCUGUAUGGGACAAGAUACAAGGAGAGCUGAGAUGAGUGAGCUUGAUAGUGAAAGAUAAAUGAGAGAGCUGAUACUGCAUCAUAGAGUACAUAUAUAUAUAUAUAUAUUCCAUAGAAGAGUCUUCUUAAAUGUAUUUUAAAUAUUCUUUGUACAUUUUAAGCAGUUUAUUCACAAUGUACAUAGCUAUAAUUUAUACACUUUUUAGAAUUCUACAUUGUAAAAGUUGUGGUGUGCUUUUUUUUUUUUUAUUAUGCAGCUACGGCAGUACGCAGAUUAAGUUAUCAUUAAGCAAAAGGAUUGUGUCAUCAGCAAGUCUUGUUAAGGAUUAUUUGCCAUAAAAGGAUUCACGAGUGUGACUUUGUGCAUUGGGAUACGAGUUAUGACAUCAUAAGCCAUGAGUACAAUAACUUGGGAUUAACUUAAUGUGAAAUGUAUCAUGUUUUGCUACAUUUGUCUUCUUUUCUCAUGAAAAUAAAGAUCUUCUGGAGCAAGGGGAAAACA